CCAGAAGCUCACGCACCAAGAGGGAGGCAGAUCGUCUCUCCCCUCCUCCAGGUAUUUGUCGUAUCCUGUUCUUAUCCGUCAAUGAGGAGGCCUCCAAGUUGUGGUGAGAAGGGCCUCAAGAAGGGCCCCUGGACCCCGGAGGAAGAUCAUAAGCUCAUGAACUACAUCCAAAACCAUGGCCUUGGAAGCUGGAGGGCCCUACCUGAACUUGCUGGCCUGAACAGGUGUGGCAAGAGCUGUAGGCUAAGAUGGAUCAAUUACCUCAGGCCAGACAUCAAGAGAGGGAAGUUUUCCCAGCAGGAAGAGCAAACCAUCCUCCAGCUCCAUUCCAUCCUUGGAAACAAGUGGUCAGCUAUCGCAAAGCACCUCCCUGGGCGGACAGACAACGAGAUAAAAAACUUCUGGAACACCCACCUCAGGAAGAAGCUCAUCCAGAUGGGCAUCGACCCGAUGACCCACCGCCCGAGAACAGACUUCUUCGCGGCUCUCCCACAGCUUAUCGCGCUCGCCAAUCUCCGGCAGCUCAUUGAGCAGCAACCGUGGGACGGCCACACUACCAGGCCCCAGACUGAGGUAGUCCAGGCUGCCAAUCUCCAGUAUAUGCAGUCACUGUUUCAGUCUGCAGCGUCCAUUGCACCCAGCCCUACCAUCAUUAGCAGCCUUAACAGCCUCACCACUGACCUGGAGCAGAUCUGCCUCCUUAGCCCUCAGCAUAUGCUUUCUCCAACUCUCCUUGAUAGGAUUGGUGGUGUAGACUUAGCAGGGCAGGUGCCACACAACCAAAUGACAAACACUCUCUUUGACCAGCCAGUUGGCAACAUCAACCUGAGCUCAGAUAACAAUGUGAACAGCAGUGAGCGGUCCCAUGUUGAGGGAGAGAACAGUAGCCAGAAAAGCGUGUUGCUACCUGAAAACUCCCUUUCACUACUGACUGACAUGUCGGCCUCCAACCCUUGUAAUAUUAUCAGCGCCUCAAAAUGCGACGGAAGCAGUACUCCAUUGCCUAGUUGGUCAGAAAUUAUACUUGAUGAAGAGAUCAUGAGAGAAAUUGCAUGAAUUCCUGAGCUUGGAUUAUACACUACCCUCUGGCUUGCACUUUGGGUUUUAGGUUUACUG